ACCUUUAGGCAGCGGUUGCUUGUCGUGACAGUGGCUGGUGUCGCUCCCCUCGUCUUUACACCGCCAUCGGGGCGCGCUAUGGAGAGUCGGCUGGUGUCUCCCGGUCCCUAUCGAGCCACCAAACUAUGGAAUGAAGUUACUAAAUAUUUUCAGGCUGAAAUGCCACGGAGGAAACACAGGCAACACUUCAAAAAAUAUGGGAAUUGUUUUACUGCAACAGAAGCAAUCAACUGGCUUCAUGAAUUACUCAGGAACAACAAUAAUUUUGGCCCUGAAGUUACUAGACAGCAAACUAUUCAACUGUUAAGGAAAUUUCUCAAAAAUCACGUGAUUGAGGAUAUAAAAGGAAGAUGGGGCUCAGAAAAUCUGGAUGACAACCAUAACUUGUACAGGUUUCCUUCAGUUUCCCCAGUGAAAAUUCUGCCACAUCGGUGUCCGUUGAGUGAGAACACAAAUAACAUACCUAAAGAGACAGAAAGUAUGUUUAAGUUACAUUUCUCCAGGAGAACUCCCAAAAAAUACGAAUUUCGGAAAUGUCAGGAAAACACAGAAAAUGUGAAAAGUGGAACAAUGGAAGAGGAUAAGCAAAAGACGAUAUGCAGCAGAGAAGUAACCCAAGGAGACAUUGAAGAAAUUUGGAGAAACAUUGUUGUGAUACAUUUGCAAACUAUUUUAGGUAUGCCAUCAUUGGAACAAGUCUUGCAGCCUGCACAAGUAGUUCCUUGGUACAUAAUAUACAACAUGACUAAUACAAGUAAACGUGGUAUUGUUCUUCUACAAGACAAAUCAGAAGACCUGCCUCACUGGGUACUAUCCGCUAUGAAGUGUUUGGCAAACUGGCCAAGAAGUAAUGACAUGAGCCAGCCAAUGUACAUGGGCUUUGAACGAGAUGUAUUCAAAACAGUUGCUGAUUAUUUUCUUAGCCUCCCUGAACCUUUGCUUACUUUUCAGUACUAUGAAUUAUUUGUGAACAUAUUGGUUUUGUGUGGCUACAUCACAAUUCCAUAUAGAUCCAGUGGAAAAUCUAGUACACGGAAUGAUUUGACGCUUUCAAAAACUCCACACUUAAACUCUUUCAAGUCAACCGAAUGCCUUCUGCUAAGUUUGCUUCGUCAUGAGACUGACAAAAAAGAUGAAUCUGAGUCGAAAACAGUUUGUAUAAAGUGCACAGCUGAAAAAGGUUGUGAUGUAAAGUUGCAGAAUUAUAGUGUGGCUUGUAAACAUGCCACUAUUCAAGAACUAAUGGGUGGCAGUUGUCAAAAUCUUGCAAGACUGAAAAAAGAACAAGCUCUGCCUCUCAAACUUAAGGCGAGAUGUUACUCUUUGGAGGGAAUUGCAGAUACAGCCUCAAGCAAGUAUACUAAAGAUGGAUUUAAGACGCUUUCUCAAACUGGAAUUCACGUAAUGCCAUUCACAAACAAUGAAAACCAACUGUUGCAUUCUGAGCAUAAGCCAGACUCUUUGUUGGAUCUUUGUUCUGACAGCUCUAACCCCAAACAAACUUGUGGCUUCAAGAAAGUUUCCACAUCAAGUAUUCCAGACCAAGAGCUAUCUAGUGAUAACUACAAAUCAAAGCAUCUUUGCAGGUCUCGUAGUUUACGCGGCAAUAGCAACUCUAGUUGGUGUGGCAUACAUGCUCCAGUUGCAGAGAUCACUGUGAAACCACAUCCAGUAGUCCCUCUUGGACGAAAAGCCGAAAGUACCACCAGACUGGUCACUAAAACAGAAAAUAAACUGAGGAAUUUUGAUAUGGCCAUCAAUAAAAGACUCUGCAAAAGUGCAACACAACUUUCACAAAGCACGUUUUCCCCCAGGUCCCUUAUGUUGACUGGCACAUCAAAGCUGUUACAACCUCAUUUAGAAAGAGUGGCCAUUGAAGCACUGCAGAUAUGCUGCUUAUUGCUUCCACCACCAAAUCGCAGAAAACUUCAGCUCUUAAUGCGCAUGAUCUCUCGAAUGAGUGAAAAUGUUGAUAUGCCACAACUUCAUGAUGCAGUGGGCACCAGGUCUUUGAUGAUUCAGACAUUUUCUCGAUGUGUAUUGUGCUGUGAAGAAGAAGUAGACCUUGAUGAGUUACUUGCCAUAAGAUUAGUUUCCUUUCUGAUGGAUCAUCAUCAAGAAAUUCUAGAAGUGCCAACUUAUUUACAGGUUGCAGUGCAAGAACACAUAGAAACUUUAAAAACUACUCAGAUGGAAUUUCUAGGGGAAGAACUGAGCACCAUAUUCCCAACUUACUCCUACUGUAAAAGGAUAACUUCUCAGGAAUUUGACGAACAAAAGAUUUAUACCUCUCAGGCAGCAGUUGCUGAGCUUUUAGAAAGCAUCAUUAAAGACAAAAAAUUAUCUCUGAAAGACAAGAAGAAAAAGCUUAAGCUGUUUCAGAAAGAGUAUCCUCAGAUCUAUCAGAACAGAUUUCCAACCACAGAGAGUGAAGCCAUCUUGUUUGAAGACAGGCCCGCAAUUAAGCAGCCAAUGCUCAGCCUGCGAAAGCCAAAGUUUCGUACCAUGAGAAAUUAAUUUUACAUCUUUUGAGAACUCCUUUGCCUGAUGUUUGUGAACCAUUUCUUUGGAAAACAAAUAUUAGCAACAUUUAAGUGAGCAAGUAUACACAAAUGUGAAUUUGUUGAAAUGUGCUAAAAUAGGUUGGAUCUAGAGUUUCCUUGUCAUAUGUAAAGUCUGGAAAUGAUAUUACUGUUUACAAAAUAACCCAACAUCUGUACAUAGAUUUGUUUUUGUAUGAGUGGAUUUGGGUGAAAUGAAGGGUAACAAUAAAUGUACAGAUUUCAACAGCCAAAAAGAAAGAGGUGGAGGUUAGCAAAAUUGAGAAAAUGAAGCACAUGUGCACUAACUCUUUCCAAAAAAAGGCAUAUCUUUACCUCAGUAAGCUGAUACUUGUGUUAAUUUUCAAGGUGCACUUUUUAAAAAUUGUAAAUAAAAAUGUAGGGGGAUUGAUUUUUUUUAAGCGAAUAUAAUAGCUUUGCAAGUAACUUGAGUAUAUAACUUUUAUUUUUUAUUUUGCACUUAGUGUAAACUGACUCUAUAUGGUCUCAAAGGUUUGCAUGGUCAGCUGUUGAUUGAGAGGCAGGGUAACACACAACUGAGAAUAGGAGGCAUGGAACAUGCUCAUGGGGUUCAAUAGAAGACAGUGAUCAUAAAGCUGAUCAUAUUUGCACAGAUCAGGCCUUUCAUGGAAAAAGGCUUCAACAGCCAUAAAGGAGUAAUAAAGUUAUUGCUUACAUAGUUUCCAAAGCAAGUCUGUUGCAUCUGUAGUCCUGAAAUAUUUGGCAAUGCAUGGCUAAUGAUAACUGAAUUCAUUACUUGUGUUUGGACUAGUCCUCCACACUCUAUUUGUUCUUUCUUUCAAAUUAGACCAGUGAGUUGGAUCCAGAUUCCAAACUAAAAGACCAAGAGAUGGGGCGGGGAGUUAAAAGGCAGGCAAUCUGGCAUUUCCAAACCCUUGCCAGUUUGCUCUUGCUAGAAUGGGAGAUGAAGGGUGUUGCUUCCAUUACAACCCCCUCCUCACUCGCAGGCUUAGUUUUGUUUUUAAUAUCUUCCCUUCCAUCCAUUUCAAUAGGAGGAGAACUGAUUAUGCCAGCUUCAGGCUGAUGUAGAUAAAGGUCCCGAUAUAGUGAUUGUCCCAACAAAGGAGCUUUGAAUCCAAGAAAUCAAAGGCCACCGCCAACUGAGCCCUACUGCUAGUGGAAAAACCAUUGGCAGUACUACUGCCAUGGCUUUCUGUGAACAUACAGGGGGCCUCUAAGGCAGAUGGACCAUCCAGGCAGCAGAGCACCUCCUCACUGGCAGCGCCACACGUCCACUCUACCCCCCCCCCAGCUUUCAGUAGGGAUCUGGAUUCUUCUGGAAGCCAGCUGAACUGAAGUCGUGACUAAUGUGAAAAGUUAAUUUCAGUGGGACCUAAGCACAACUUACUUAGUCUGAAUCCAAGCCAUUAUGUCUUGUUGUAAGUGUAGAUAGUACGGAUUCUUUCCUUUCCCCCCUUUUAUGUGUAUCCAUUGUAGAACAUUUGUGUUUACAGCAUGUAUCUCAAUAUUUAAGUUAACUUAGAUUUUUUUUAAAAAAUUGUCCAAGGAAACUUGUUCAAUAAACUCUGACUUAUU